GCGCAACCAAACGAUCGGAUAGGGUUUUAGUCCCUGCUUUCAGUGUAGUUCACAAUCAGAUUCACACGCAUACAUUCAUACGACAGCUUCGUUCGUAUUCUUUGAUUUUUUUGAUUUUCCUCCAACUGUUAUUGUCGUCGCAAUGGCCUCUUUCGCCGCCGCCAGAUCAGUUCUCCGUUCUGCCUCAGCCCGGAGCGCUGCGGCGCGCCUUGCCUCCCGGGGUAGCUCCGCCAAAGCUGCUUCAUCGCCCUUUCGUACUUCUGGCAGCAAACCCCUACCUCAACGCACUUUCAGGUGUCCUGUGGAAAUGAGCUCUUGUGUGGAAACGCUGCUGCCAUACCACACAGCUACAGCUUCCGCUUUGAUGACUUCGAUGCUUUCCAUUACUCGCCCCAGUUAUGGAUGUCGGAAGACUAGAUGAAGAUAGAGAAGCACUAAUGGAAUGACUUGGCUGCCAAUGAUGAUGUGUGAUAAAUCGGUGAACAAAUUCAGCAUUCUAAGACAGUAACUGCUGAUAAAUUAGAAGUUUUGAAAGAGCAGCUGAAGAGACUCGUCCCAAUGGGUUAAAGAUGUUAACCUUAAUUGUUGAAAGCUUAAUGUUGAGUUCUUUGACAUCAAGUUGAGAUGUAUUCCAGAUUACUGAAUUAAGUCACAGUUUACAACUUUUGUUUCGCGCUUGAAUCUUAAUAAAAUCAGUGGCAUCAUAAUAAUGUCAUGUAUUUUAUCAGCUUGCAAGAUUGAUGCAUGAUGGAUGUCCAAUUGGUUUGAUGGAAGUUUUUCUCAAAGUGUACUUGAAUUGUAAUGAGCCUUCUACUAAACAGUUUUGUUUGUUCUGGUAGCUAUAUAUGUUUCUCGUUUCCAUUUGAAUUUAUUAUUUAGCUGAAGCCCUUGGAGACUUCAUUUUA